AUGCUGCUGCAUCGUCUACUCGUAUCAUCAUCCGACGUGUAUUCAAAUCUUUAAAUCCUUCGAAUCGUUUUUCUUUUUUUUUUUUUUUCUUUUUUUUUUCCUUUCAUUUCUCUUUAUCUAUCAUAUUUUUAUCAGAAUCGAAGAAUAAUGGAAAAUAAAAGUUAUCGCGAAAGAAGGACGCGUUCGCGAGUGGUUUAAAAAAUCGAUUAAAUUGUGAGCCAAAGAUCAUCAUCGUUCAGUGAAGAACGUUAAAGAGAGAGAGAGAGAGAGAGAGAGAGAGAGAGAGAAGAAAAAAAAAAAAAAAAAAAAGAAUACGAACACAUUUUUUUCAAAAGUUUAACAAAGUGAACAAUGUAUACGAGUUGGUUACUAUGAAACGAAUCUUCUUUUAUCAGGGAAAAAUUUCACGGCUGAAUCACGUCGUACGUUAGCCAUAUCUUGACGGAGUGAGCUCAUCUCGUCGCAAAGGAUGGAAGGAAUAAUUCAAUCUUUCCGAAGCAGAACGAGCGAAAGUUUCGAAAAGCGCAUUCUUCGUGAUUUUCGCGGCUGGCUAUUGGUGGGGCCGACAACGACGAAGAGGACGAAUAGUUGGAUGAGAAAGAGCGAAUAUACCAGAGAAGAAAUAUCGUCAGACUGGCCGAGCCCGAAAGAGAACGCCUGACGCAAGAGUCUCGCGAUGAUAUCUUACGUUGCCGUAAGUUUUCCUCGUUCUAAUUGGAUUUUGACGAUCGACCGAAGAGGAAUCGAAGUGGGAACUCCUUAAACUUAAUCGGUCCAUGGAUCUCUCUUUGAAGAAUCGGAAAACGAGGGAUGCUAAGAGCAGUAGAAAAAUCGGAAAGAAUGAGAUUUUCCAAGAAAUAUGACCGACAGAAUAACGUAGUAUUGCUCGUGGCGGCUCUUUGACGUACGCCACGAAACGCUAAGGACUGAUAAAGAUUCAAAAAGAGAAAUAAAAAGAUAAAGAAAAAUUUGAUCUUCGAAAUAGGAGAAAACUCUUUUCGUAGCGUUACUCGGUUCUUUAUGGAUCCGUCUCGGUUCGGACACACGAUGUAAAGAAAGCAGCUAGAAAAGUGAAGGAAGAGAAGGGCGAGAGAGAGAGGGAGAGGGAGAGAAAUAAAGAGAGAGAGAGAGAGAGAGAGAGAGAGAGAGAGAGAGAGAGAGAGAGAGAGAGAGGAAGGAAGGAAGGAAGGAAGGGAGGGGCACAAAAUGGGAGCAGCGAAAUUCGUGCUCGGUAGUGCGAUUCUCGGACUCUUUUGGAGCUGUUUGCUGAUGAAAGGUGUCCUGACGAAUUCGACGAACAGGUGCGACUAUUCGCCCUGCUCCUGCGAUCACUACGGCAGGUUGACCUGCGACUGCAAAGAGGAAGGAGAGGAAUUAAUACUGAGCACGGAAAGCGACAGGAAGUUGAGUCCGCACACAAGCCGGAUAGUCGUGAGCAAUUGCUCGUCCGUGAUUGUAGCGAACUCGAGUUUGACAUCGAUGGCUGGUCUACGAUCUGUGGAUCUGGUAAACGUGGCAAAUCUCAGCCUAGUCCGGCAUAGCUUCAAACUUUCGCUUAGCAGCGCGCGCACAAGGAUAUCCGUAAGGAACUGCAGCAUCGACGUGCUUCCUAGUUUCGUGUUUGGUGGCGACGUGGAAGCGAUAAGCUUCGAGAACGUGAGGAUAGGUCAGUUGAGCGCAUUCGCCUUCGCGAAUCUCUUUCACACGGAUACCCUCAGGCUGGAGAAUUGUCAGAUCGAGAGUACGGAGGCGCAAUCCUUCAAGAAGUUCGACGUGGGAUACUUGCACGUGAUCGGUGGUAGUUUCGGAGAGCAAGUACCGAGUCGUACUAUGAACGACAUUGAGGUACACCACAAGUUCAUGCUUGACGGUGUCAAAAUGGGUAUGGUAAGGAGCGAGGCAUUCAUAGUUCGAAGUCCACGUACCGUUGCGAUUCAAAACUGUUUGAUCAAUGGUCUCGAGAGCGAAGCCUUUGAUGUAACGGCCCGAGGAGCCGUAAUAAUAAAGAAUAACACCUUUGGUAGUCUAGCCGUUGGCGCGUUUCUCGGUAUACGAGCGGAUCCAGAAACGAGGCCACCACCGGCUUCCUCCUCUUCUGCGAAUCUACACGACCUCAUAUUUAAGAACAAUAGCAUGUCUACGUUCGAGGAAGGCUCACUAAUGUUCGAUCGUUCGAGUUUUCGUCCAGAACUUGACGAUCUCUUGGUAAAACAGCCCUGCGAUUGCAAGAUGUUACCAUUGUGGAGAAAUAACGUUCUAAAUUAUACAAACAUAUAUUCGAGAUUCUACAUGCGACAAAACGCGGUGAUGCCACCGAUUUUACCAUCCCAAGAUUCGAUCGAAACUCCAGAAACUUUUCUAUUUUGCGUGGACGGCCACACAGAGGACGCGACUACAGCGAGCUUUAGCGAUUACGAGGCACGACAUUGCUCUCUCGGCGGAUCAAUGCUCGUACUUAUACUCGUCAUAGUCGGAAUUCUCGUUACCCUUCUCAUCCUUGCGUGUCUGAUCGUCUGGUGUUGCAAAAGACGACGUAGGAAUGAUAGAAAACGAUGGAUGAGCGUGCCAACUAACGCACCGGAUGUCGUCUCGAAGAAGAACGGUGUAAUCGGUAGAGAAACGGCCACGUCUGGUACACCGGUAGACAGCAGAAUAACUAUGGUCGUGCCUGAUGGGAGACUUUACAGGGAAACUGAGUUUCACGUAAUCGUCGAAAAGGCCGAACCCUUGACCACGGAAUUGUAACGAGAAGCCUCGUACGACUCGACACGUUCCACGAACGAUCGAAUUCAUCAUUUCGAGGAUCAUCAAAGUAAAAUGGAACCGUCGGGCUCGUCUUCUACCCCCACCACCACCACCACCACCACCACCACCACCACCACCACCACCAACACUUCCUGUCGUUUUCGAGUGUACAAGCUUUGAUACGACGUAUCGUAGAAGAAAAUAAAGAAGUAAAUAACAACGAUAAAGAAGAGACGAACGUUGUUGAGUAUGUGUUUGUGCGCGUACUUUUCUUCCUUCUCAUUUAAAUGAUUUAGGAAAGAAACAAAGGAAAAAACAAAAAAAAACAAAAAAAAACAAAAAAAAGAAGAACACGGAACGUUUUCGAUAAACGCUAUUGUACCUCUUUGCGGGUUCCUCAAACUUUUUUCACGUUUACGUACGUGUAUUAUUACGCGAUAAACAAAAAGAUAUCUAUAUGUAUAAGUCGAUAAUGAGAUAAGCGUUCUGCGAUGAAAAAAAAAAACAAACUAUAAUGUCCUUGACGUAAUCCUACGUCCUGGAAUAACGAUCAAUGUCAAAACUCUAUUCACUCUCGAAUUCAUUUAGUCGAGCAUUCUCUAUUAGUACAAGGCAAGUUCGUAAGCUUCCGAUUAACAUAUCACCAAAAGCACGAGUACCGAUUAUCCGAGCGUGUCCCUCUCAUUCCUUCGAUCUCCUCCCUCUUAUUGUUUUCUCUCUCUCUUUCUUACUUAUUUACUUACUAUGAGGCGGUCACGUUCCUCUCGGCAAUAAAGAGAUUUCCGAUCGAGGUCACGAGGACGGUUAAUCGGUCGUCGUUGCUAGUUAAGUUUAUAUCGUUAGGUAGCUUUCGAGAGGCGGUUGGUUAUCUACGAAGAAGACGACGAACCACAUUCAAGUUGUACGAGAAAACAGUGAGAUGUGUUUCUUCAUUUGAUAUUCCAUUCGUAACUUUCAAAGGCACGAAUUCGUCCCGAUUGAACGAAGGAACGAACAAAAGAUGGAACGAAGGAAGGACCACCGCUAAAAUCUUUCACUAACUUAAUCUCUCGUAAUUUUUCAUUCGAUUUUUAAUUCUAAAGGUAUCCCAGUCAGAAUUAUUAAAUGUACGAUUCACGAAAAGAUUCACGAACCAUUUCACAUAUAAACACUGCCUACACAUGUAUUCUCCAUGAAAACAGAUUAACGUAGCAAAAACUCGAAAAAUAAAUUCACCUAAAAUCGUUCCUCUUCCAAGAUUCAAUAACGUUAUAAACGCCGAAAUAAAAUCUCAUUUGUUUUCAUUGAAUAAUUAAAUAAGCAAGCCAUAUUAAAGUCGCUUAAAUAUUCUCGAGACCAAAGACUCGAGAGAAGAUAAUAAAGAAGAUAGGGAAGAUAGGAAGCACUAUUUUCGAGGAAUUAAUUCGUAAAAAUGACACUCGAAGAUGCGAAUUCGUAUUAAAAGAAGAUCUUAAUAAGAUCAACCGGUAAAAAGAAAAAAGAUGUUGAUUCUUUUAGGCUUGUAAAAGCUAUCAUCUGAUACUUGGGCGAGAAUCCAUGCAUUAUUAAUGCGCACUCGUCCCUUUUUAACGAUAUUCCAGAGAUAGUUUCUCUUAGCCUGAAGCGAUAUCACGCGCAGAAAUUGGGCCUCGAAGCUUCCGAGAUUAUUGUAUGCGACGACCUUCGUCGAGUCGUUACCUUGAGCCUUGAGGAAAUCUCAAGAUAGAUAUACUAUUAACGUCAGUUGCGAGCAUGAACAAUGUUCCAACUUGGAGUACAUGUGCGCGCAUGUUAGAACCUAUGCGAGUAUACGUCUAGCGAUUAUCGCUUUUUGGCGAGAAUUAAGUUUUCUAAUGACCGUUUAGUUGUAAUUAUCGUGAAACUGUGAUAUACCGACAGCUGACUAUGUAAUUUGUUUUACAUCGAACGACGUAUGAUCGACGAUGAAGAAUAAAGAUCACGCUAAAUACAUAA